AUGGAAUUUCCCAGAAUACCCCUAAUCCUCCUCCUAGUCCUCCUCCCCCUCCACAGCCGCGCCAUCGUCCUCAACAUCACCAACAACUGCCCCUACACCAUCUGGCCCGCCUCCGUACCCGGCGGCGGCCGCCGCCUCGACCCGGGCCAGGUAUGGACCCUCGACUUCCCCACCGGGCCGCGUCGGGCCCAGAUCUGGGCCCGAACAAACUGCACCUUCGGCCCGAACUCCGCCAACGGCACCUGCCUAACCGGCGACUGCGACGGCCGCCUCGAGUGUGACUCGUACGGCUCCACGCCCCGCACCCUCGCCGAGUACGGCCUCAACUCGUUCGGCCACCGGGACUACUACAGCGUCUCCGUCCUCGAGGGCUUCAACGUGCCGGUCGAGCUCGCCCCGACGUCGAACGGUUGCGCCCGGCCCGUGAGGUGCGCCGCGGAUUUAUCGGGCCAGUGCCCCAACGGGCUGCGGGCCCCCGGCGGGUGCAACAACCCGUGCACGGUGUACCGUACGGCGGAGUACUGCUGCCACGAGGGCCCGUGCCGGCCGACGGAGCUGUCGCGGUUUUUCAAGGAGAGGUGCCGGGACGCGUUCACCUACCCACAGGACGACCCGACCGGAACUUUUACCUGCCCCGAGGGGACCAAUUAUCGGGUCGUUUUCUGCCCCUGA